AUGGUGUAUGGUGACUCAACUAUCCAGUCCUGUGCAAAUAUGUCUCUGCUCCCACAUCAAAUAAGGAGUGUCAUAGAGGACCAUGGGACCAAGGCAUUAUUGUUUGGUGGAAAGAGUACCAAUUCACUUUCCUCUUUGCGCUACAACCUUUUUAGGAAGAGAAUCAUUACUGAUAAAUCAUUUAUUACCCCAGAACAUCUGCCUUCAACUGAGUCCUCAACCAAAUACCACUGCCAAAGAGUUUACCUCCAGAUCAUGGUGUGGAUUGGAAAGGAAGGUGACAUAAACACAGGGGGCUGGGGAUGGAAACUGGUGGACAACCAGUUCCUGCGGCUGAGACUGCUGCCCCAGAAAGUGGAUCUCCUGCAGAUGAUCCACUGUAAAUGCACAACUGCCUGCCAAACCCAACGGUGCAGUUGCAGGGCAUAUGGACUACCUUGCAUGUCUGCUUGUGGACCAUGUCAAGAUGAGAAGUGUGAGAAUCACUAUAAUCAACCUCUAUGGGAGGAAGAGUGUGACAACUGGUAAAUCUAGUGAAGGUCACAGUUAAAAAGAAGUAUAACAAAGUAUAAAAAAUAAACCAGAAUAAGAUUACAGAACUGCUGCAAAUAGAAGAAGAUAUGCAUAAAGAUAUGUUUUAAGAUAUGUUAGCAGAACUGAGCCUUCACACGGCAGCCUUGUUUUGACCACACAGUUCUAAUGAAUUCAUUUAUCCAUUGUCAUAACAUAUUUGCACAGGACUGGAUGGUUGAGUCACCAUUCACCAUGGAAUGCUGUCUGUUUACCAACACUAAAAAUGUGUGAAGUUCUAUCACAACCUGUGACUGUGUGGAUAAACAGCAAGUGGAAACACAAGUCACUACCCAGGACUUGUUUCGUCUCACCAAUGUUGUACAUUUUAGUAGGUCUGGACUUGUCUGAACGUAAAUACAGGCCUCUAUUGUUCAUCCCAGCAUAAAAGAGGAGAAGAAUGAGUAAGUCUGACACACACACACACACACACACACACACACACACACACACACACACACACACACACACACACACAUAUAUAUAUACAUAUAUAUUUAAAUGUAUAUAUAUGUGUGUGUGUGUGUGUGUGUGUGUGUGUGUGUGUGUGUGUGUGUGUGUGUGUGUGUGUGUGUGUGUGUGUGUGUGUGUGUCUUAAUGUAAGUUAUAAACUUGGGAAGUUUCAUGGUGAUAUCUGUUGUUUAAAAAUUUUACCUUAUUCACCUGGAGUGUCUCCACUGGGCUUCCUACCCAUCAUCAAUGCCAUCUCGAAAAUGGCACCUUUCUAGUGGUUAGCUAGAAGCUUUUAGUAUUUCAUUAAGGACACCUUAUACUAUAAUAACAACUAAGAAACCUUUUGUUAGAAUUUUUUUGGGGUCAAGUCAUAUAUGCACCUGCCUACCAACUUAUCAGGACUUGCAUGCUCGGGUGAGCAGAUGCAUUAGCCAAGCAGGCAAACAUAGGGAAAGUUUAGGGCAAGCCAGAGGGAUGACUUUGUUUACAUUGAGCAGAGUCUCUCCACUAUGCACACUUUGCUCGCAACAGCAACACAGUGUAUCAACUUGUGCAUAUCUCAUAAAAGUGUAUAUGCAUGUGUGCACUGCAAUUUCCCGAAAAUAUCUGGACCCAGAUUUUCAAGAAUUUCCUAGAAUACCAGGAAGGGUUAAGUUUGUCAAAAAGUAUGACUGAGAAAUUCCUCCACCAACCUCUUUUAUGAGCCAUGAUAAAUUGAUUACAUUUUUUCUCAUCUUACAUCAAGAUAUCUUUGUGUUGCAGGACAGUCUGUGGUGGCCCUUCUUUUAAUGACGACUCAAAACCCUUGCCUGACGCUCAGAGCAUUUUUAAGAGGUUAUCUUCUUGGGCUGACACACAAAAAUCUGUGCACAGAGUGUUGAAGCAUCUCGAAUUCAAACAAUUCACAGAUGACGCUCUCCUCAGUGACUCAGUGGGCAAGAAAUUUCAGGAUUUUCACCGAGACAUGACUGAAGAAUGUGGCGUAGAGGACAAGCAGCAUUCUUGGGGAGUUAUUGAAAAGCAGGAGGAAAUUGUCAUGUAUGGACCUUAUUAUCCCAAUUACAACCACGGCUUGCACAGUGAGGACACCAUUAUCAAACAAACUGAGGAACUGUUGGAGUCAGGGGAAGUCUCAGGAGACUGGAAGGUGUACAUAUUUACCAUGAACAGCCCAUGUUUGGCUAGAAACACUGAACCAUGCAUGCUGAAACUGGUUCAAAAGGCCCAGCUGUGGUGGAGUCAGUAUGGAGUCAAGACUUAUAUUGGAUAUGCAAAAUGUUGGGGCUUCAAAGGACCCAAAGAAAGCCUGUUCAGGGAUAUCAACUGCAACCAGGUGGACUGUAUAAAUCAGACUGAAGAUUAUGGGAGCUAUUUAAAAGCAUCUGAAGAGAAAACAGAUCUCAGUCCACUAUGUGACAAUGUAUUUUCUGCAAUCAAACACCUCCUGAAAUCUGAGUUUUGUCCUUUCAUGAACAUGGAGCAGGAGCAGGACUGGAGGAGCUACUUCAGAAGUAUGCAAAGUAUUUCUGAAGGUAAACCAGAGCUGGUGAAAGAAAUUUUGAAACAGGAAGUGAUCUUUGUAAUUGAAGCCACAAAAACGCUGUUUACAACAACAAGUGGAAGUUUUGCAGAACAUUUAGAUAACGGGCAGGCAUUUGCGUCAGAUUACAUUUUCAGUUCACAAAUCUCUAACACAGUCCAGGAUGAAAUGAGGCACACUUUCCAGGAGUGUUGGAGGGAGAUGAUGCAAGACAAAUGCACCGAAUUCAUCAAAGAGAAACUGACUGAAGAGUUUAAUCAAUGCACUGUACAGCUCUUUAUCAAAGAUAUCAAAACGGUCUCAGAAGAAUUCUUACAAAUUGGACAAAUACAACCUCAGUCAAAGUGUCCGAUCACUGAACUCUAA